UCUUCCUGGUGGACAGAUUUCCCCCUCUGGGCCCGGCCUGCCCUUUAAACUUCAACUCCUCGUCCGGAAGAAGAAUAUUGUUUCCGGAAGAAACCCGGAAGGACCCUUAGAAACUGGGUUUUAGGGAGGAGGUGAAGAAUGCACUGGAGUCCAAGAAGAAGGGGGUGCACAGCACAAAAGUAAAGGAGGGUGAAAGCAGGGGGAUCAGAGUUGUGGGGUGUCCUGAAAAUACCACGGAGAUGCUGCUGCUGCUGCUGCUGCUGCCCCUGACCUUGCUGUGGAUGGGGAAGGCCUGGGGCCCGACACUCCAGCACGGUCUGGCCUUAAGAGCCCUGCGAUGGGCAGCAGCCUGGAAGCAGUGGCAGCUAGAGAAGAGCACAAGGCACGCCCUUCGAAGCCAGGAGCAGGCGCUGCAUCAGUGCCUCCAGGGGCCGCGGACCACUCCCUGCCGGCUGGGGGAAGUGCCAGACUUGAACAGUUUCCGGAAUCAGUUCCCUCUGGUUUGGCCCCGCCUGGACCCCCACAUGGAGACAGGGGAGUCAGAGGAGGGCUUGGCGCUGCUCCGGAAUCCUCUGUCCAGCUCUGCUCCCUGGGAUUCCUCCUUCCAGGUCACACUGCUGAGUCUCAACUCCCUGGAACAGUUAUACCCGGGGGCCCUCGCCCCCGGAGGCACUGCCCGUUUGACCCUCUCUUCCCCCUGGCCCAGCUCCCUCCCCUGGCCCCUGAAGCCCCUGACCUGGGCUUGCCCGCCUGGGACAGGAGCGGGCGACCCUCGGACCCUGCUUCUGGCAGCUCUCGGAACCAGGAGGCUGCAGGUGCUGGAGGCCGGGACGGCCACCGAGCUGCUGGAUGUCUUCUCCUGCCUUGGGGCUGACUGGAAGGAGCUGGUGGAGGCAGUGGCUGUUGGCUUGUCUGGCCUCUUGCCCCCUUCCCCCGCCCGGGCAGCGGAGCUGAAAAGCGAACUGGAACAGGGACCCCAGGGAUUGGCUCGACGGCUCUGGCCCGGGCUGCAGGUGGUGGUGAUGAAGGACGCAGGGGGGCAGGACGUGGCCAAGGCUGCCUUGGGAGCCACCUGGUGCCAAGGGUUGCCCUUCUUCUCACCUGCUUAUGUAGCUGCUGGAGGUGUGAUUGGACUGAACCUAGGCCAGAAGCAGCUAAAUCCGGGAUACCUUUUACUCCCAGGACCUCCCUUCGUGGAACUGCUCCCAGCCUGGGAAAAGGUCCAAGAGGAGGGCCCCGCCACCCUCCUGCUAGGGGAGGCCCUGCAAGGGAAAGAAUACGAGCUGGUGCUGACCAAUGAUGCUAGCCUCACCAGGUGCCCCCUGGGGGAUGUGGUUCAAGUCAUUGGCUUCUACAAUCAGUGUCCUGUCGUCAGAUUUGUCAGAAGGCUGGGUCAGUCCCUCAAUGUCCGAGGCGAGGGCAUCUCUGAAGAUGUGUUCUCUGAGGUACUGCUACGUGCUGUGGGGCUGUGGCCAGGGGCCAAGCUGCUGGAUUACUGUUGUGCAGAGAGUGGCAUUGUGGGCUCUUCCUCUGAUGGCUCAGCUCCCCACUACGAAGUGUUUGUAGAACUGAGAGGGGUUCGGGGCUUGUCGGAGGACCAUCGACACAAGCUUGAUCACUGCCUCCAGGAAGCCUCCCCCAUCUACAAGUCUCUCCGUUUUCGAGGCAGUAUUGGACCUGCCCAAGUCCACUUGGUGGGCCAAGGGGGUUUUAGUGCCCUCCGGGCUCUCCUUUCCUCCUCUCCCUCAUUGAUGCCCUUUUCCUCCUUUCCCCCAGAGAUGCCCAGGAUCCUGAGACAUAGAAAACUGAUCCAAUUUCUGCUGAGGAAGGUGGUGUCUUGAGUAUCUUCAAUUUCCCACCUCCAUCGCAGAAUGCCUGUCUCUCUCCUUUGUCUCUGUGGAAACCCAUAAGUCCAGGGGACUCUCUGAGUCUAGAGAUUAUCCUAGUUUCUUAAUGCUCUCUUGGAGUGGGAAGAAAAUCUCACUUGGGUACCCUUUUGGCCAGUUUUCCUGUUUUCUACCCAGGCUAAAUGAUACUAAUUCUGGUGACUGAGCAGUGAAGUGGAGGGAGUCAGUUACUGGAGGGGUGGGCACCAGGAGGGAAGGAACAUAAUUCUUCUUUCCCCCUAUAGAAUGGGUAUGGGUAUGUGUCCUAUUGUCUCUUCUGUCCCCAUGCAUAAACACUGAUUUGAUAUUUAAACAUAGGGACUAGGAGAGGGAAAGAUACUAAGCCUCUGAUUUCAUUAAUAAUAUCCUCCUGGAUGAGGAAACUAUCAAUACAGGUUAGCACUUUCUCUGCAUCUAAGAGAGGGCAUCUCUUAUGUGAUGCAUCUCUGCAUCACAACCCUGGGAGGUUGUGACUUGCCCAGGGUCACAUGGUGGGCCAAGUAUGUAUCCGAGGCAGAACCUGAACUCAGAUCUUCCUGACUCUAAGACCAACUGUAUUAUGCCACACUAUCUAGCCAUCUCUAACAGAUAUGGCAUAAAAUCAGAGAUUAGGGAGAGGAAAGGUGAGGCAUUUUCCCCUUAGAAUGUGCCUAACAAGCAAGGGGCCUCUAAGCUAGAAAGGGACCACUCUUUCCUCCCCAUCCUUCACCCUCAUUCCCUUUACCAUAGUUUGAUAGCAGCCCCCUUCUUGGCUAGCCAGUUCCCAUUUUCCAAGACACUAUUCCUAUACUGGCCAGGUAAGGGGUGUCAUGUUGGAAUUGGGGGAAAAGGGCUGUCAGGGAUGACAUUCUUGGCCCUGCUACAAAUACAAAGUUUUCUAGAAUUAGAAGAAAGCCUUUAGAAAUCAUCCACACCAAUGCUCCCAUUUUAGAGAAGAAACAGACCCAGAAAGGUUAAGUGAUUUGCCAAAGGUCACCCAGUUAGUUUGUGGACUAUCCAGGAGCAAAACUCCGUUUUCCAUUCUGCCAAUGCAUUCUUUUCUUUUAAUAUAAUAUUUUUCCCAAUCACACAAUAAUUUUUCACAUUUACUCAAAAUUUUGAGUUCCAAAUUCUCUCCCUUCUUCCCCUUCCCUGAAAUGGCAAGCAACUUGAUCUAGGCUAUACAUAUGUGAUCAUGCAAACAUAUCUUUAAACUGGUCAUGCUGUGGAAGAAGGCUCAUAAAACAACCACUACACACCCACAAAACAAAGUGAAAGGGUCUGUUUUGGUCCGCCUUCAGACUCCAUCAGUUCUUUCUCUGGAGGUGAAUAACAUUUUUCAUUGUGAGUCCUUUGGGAUUGUCUUAGAUCAUUGAACACAUUAUUCUUUAUUUUCAUUUCGCUAUAUUGUUAUUCCCUCUGCCUUGGUGUUAGGGUAGAAAUGGCAAGGUGGAGCAGUGGGGUCAAUAAUUCUCAAAGGUCAUAGGAAACCUAACCAGUCCCUGAAACUAGGGACAGAAAACAAUUGAUUCAUGCCUUCACAGAAAUCUGUGUCACAAUAAACUUGGAUAGACCUA